AUGUCAUCAAUAUACCCUACAAAUGCAGGAUUGCUUGAUAAGAAUGCCACAACUAUGAAAAGGUAAAAUUGGUUUUAAUAAUUGCUGUUCACUUGGGUUUAUCCUUUAUUAUUCGUAAGAUAUUUGUUUCAACCAUAGAUUGGCAAAAAUCAACCUUUGAGUUAGUAGGAUAUAUUCAGGAUCAACCAAGACGAUUCAUCAGUAAUUUCUUACAAGAGAUUUCACAACUAUUUCUCUAAAUACUUUCGUUCCUUUAAUGGAUUGUAAAAAUCAUUAUUUUUGGCCUUCAUUGGUAAUUAAUGAUCAGAUUAUCAAAGGUUAGCUAUGUGUAUGCCUCGUAUUUUAUUUCAUAAGCAUUUCACUUUUUCUCUGUUAGCCAUUCAUAACUGAAUAGUCCCAAAAAUUCUUUAUUUAUGAAACAGAAGAUGAAAAACCCACACUAACAAACAUGCUGGUGUUCUCUUUGUUGUUCUUUGUCUACAUGCUUACAUUAUCCUUGUUAAAGCCGUUUUAGCUUUUUCAAUAGGUAAAUUGACUUAAAAUAAAUAGUCGUUAUUAAGUAUCAAAAUAUAGGGAGCUUUAUAAUAAUAAAUUCUGAUUAAGACUUUAAAAUUUCCAGUCAUCAGAUCCCAACAUUAUUCCAGUGGAGAACUAAUCAAUCUAUUGUAGGUUGAUAUAACGCAAGCAUCAAAUUAUUAUAAUGCCUGUUUUCAAUUAUUUUUAUCUCCAAUAUUUUUAAUAGCAACUGUGGCAAUAUUUUAUAUUACUUUAAAAAAGGAAGCACUAGUCCUAGUGAUAGGAACAGUAGUCCAAACAAUCAUCGGAGUGAUUUUCGGUUAUUAUUAUGGUGUAAUAUAAAGAAAAUACAUGAUUUGCAAGGAUCUCAGAAUGAAAUCUGUUGAUGAGGCUUUGAUCUAUUCAAAAUAGUUGAAGCUAAAUUGCCUAGAAGAAUAUUUUGAAGAGAGAGUAAGAAUAUUAUAAUUGCUAGAUAAAACACAAUCGAGAUAAAGAAUUGGCUUAUUUAAAAUAUCAAGUCUAUUUAUAAAUAUUAAUACUUUUCAUGUAAUCUUCAUUAAGUAUAGCAACAUAUGAGCUUUGGUUUUUAUUUGCAGAUGAAUUAAAUUUUGGUCUCAUAACAAUAAUGAUGCAAAAUUAUUCAAAUAUUGCCAUGCUCUUUAGUGAGUUACCCAAUUAAUUAAGAAAUUUCCAGACUUCAAGAAAUUCUAUUAAUAGAUUAUCAAAUUAUUUUCAGUAAAACGAAGUUCCUACAAAUACUCCAGUAUAUAAUACUUCGAGUGAAAAUUCAAUUGAAUUCAACAAUGCUCAAUUUGAUUGGUAGAACAAUGAUAAAUUUGUUGAUGAUAAUAAUAAGGACAAUUUGAAUCAGGAGGAAAAUGGAGAUAUCUUUGGAAUCAAUAUCAAUUUAGCCAUAGGGAAAGGCAAGUUUAUUGCAUUUGUAGGAGGGUAUCUUUAUUGAUUGAUUUUAUUAGGUCAGCAUCAGGAAAAUCUACAAUUUUGAGAUCGAUUUUGGGGGAGACAAAUAAUACAGGAGGUUAAAUUACAUUGAAUGGUUCUAUUUCAGUUGCUAUGCAAGAACCAUGGAUUAUAAGUGGUAGUAUAAAGUAGAAUAUUACUUUUCUUAAUGCAUAUGACAGUGUGAAAUACAAAAAGGUUAUUUAGAUAUGCGGACUGGAGAGAGAUUUGAAAUCUUUUAAGAAUGGAGAUGAAACCAUACUUGGAGAGAAGGGAGACAACCUAUCUGGAGGAUAACAAAAAAGAAUCAAUUUAGCAAGGGCUGUGUAUAAUGAUGCAGAUAUUUAUUUGUUAGAUGACCCAUUAAGUGCUUUAGACAUUAAAGUGAAAUAUCAGAUUAAUCAAUAAUGUUUUAAUGGAUACUUGAAAAAUAAGACUAGAAUAUUAUUUACUAAUUCAAUUUCUAAUCUUCAGGGAUGUGAUAUGAUUUACAUUCUUGAAAAUGGGCGUAUUGUGAAGUAAGGAACAUUUGCUUAAAUCAAAUAUGAUAUUGCAUAAUCGGAAUCAGAAGAAUAGAAAGAAUACAUGGAUAUCAAAUUUGAAGAAUCCCAUUAUCCAAAAGGAUAAGAACAAAAAUAAGAUUUAAGAGCCAGUCUCAUUGUUGCUGAAGAUCAAUAAAAGGGAUCGAUUUCCAACGAAGUCUUUAAAUAAAUAUACAAGUAUUUGGGGAAGUGUUGGAUGUUUAUUAUCAUAUUGAUAUAUUUUGUAACAACUGUUUCUGGUCAGAUGUUUGGCAAUUCCAAAUUAGCUCUGGAUGGAUUGAGCAGUGAAGAAUUUCGAUCUAUUGCUUUAGUGGCAUACUUAAUUACUUAAAUUCCUACAUGUGUAGUUAUAGUAAUUUUGAAGUUAUACUAUUUGUAUAGAGGUUUGAGGACAUCUAAAUAAUUACAUGAACAAGUCAUAAAUAGCUUAGUCAAUGCUUCAUACACUAAAUUUUAUAAUACCAUCCUCAUUGGUAGAUUAAUGAAUCGUUUGAGUAAAGACAUUUACAAUAUUGAUUUGUUGUUUCCUAAUGAAGUAUACAACCUAACAUGUUGGCUUACAACACUCUUAUUGCCUUUAAUAGCUUGUUAUAUUUAUUUAAAUUUUAUUGCUCUUCCAAUUUUGGUAGUCUUCUUUAUAUUCAUAAUCUAUUUAACCAUCGUUUAUUAUAGAUGCUUAAGAGAAGUUACAAGAAUUGAAUCAGUUUCAAAAUCUCCAGUUUUCUCUUUAUUCUAGCAAAUAGUUAGAGGGAGUUCGUAUGUGAGAACUAGUGUACCAUAUGAAAAGGUUAUUGUUUAAUAAUAAGAAAAUGUUGAUAUUGAUUUGGGCAAUCAAGUUUGUUUGAAUGGAUUCUAAUUUUGGUAUCAAUCAAUAGCGGGAACAUUAACGAAUGUGUUUUAAACGAUAUUAUUCAUUAUUUGUGUAAGUGUUUGACUAAUACCUAGUUUAUAUUUCCUGGCAGGACUUAAAAGAUGACAAAUAUGGUAUUGUCUCAAAUGCAAGUUGUUUCUUAAUUGCUCUUGAAUGCAACUGUUUCAUAUGGUAAUAUUCAAAUGUAUGGUAUCUCUUUUGAAAGAUGCCUUCAUUUAGCAAAGUAUCAUAACAAUAUAUUAUUUAAGUAAAAUCGAAUUAGAAGAAAGAAACACAAGUUUUAUUACUCCUUCAGAUGAGGACAACCAUCAAAAGAAUCAAAGUAUCGUUAAUGCUAUUGAAUUUGACAAAUGUUCAUUUUAAUAUCGACCUAAUUCCAAAUACAUUUUAUCCAAUUUGAGUUUUUCUAUUAAACUUGGUGAGAAAGUAAUGUUCUUAUUAAUAUUAUUUAGAUUGGUAUAGUAGGAAGAACGGGAGCAGGAAAGAGCUCAAUCAUCUUAGCUUUGACCUAAAUAUUAGAUCAAACUGAUGGAUCAAUAACCAUCCUAGGAAAAAAUAUGAAUGCCUAUAAAAUUGCUGAACUUAGGAAAUAAUUUUCAAUUAUCCCAUAAGAUCCACUUGUCUUUAUGGGAACCCUCAGAAAUAAUUUGGAUCCAGAAAAUAAACACGAGGAUUCAAGCCUUCUUAAAGUCUGUGAGAUUUGCUAACUAUUCGAUCUUGAAUCAUUUAAAUAGCAUUGUAUCUAAUUUUACUAUGACUUAAGAAUUAUUCAGUGAAAUAUAGGUUUAGGGUAGCAAUCUAAGUCAAGGAGAGAAAUAAUUGUUGAACAUUGCAAGAUGCUUAUUAGAUAAUUAAAAAAUCAUUUUAGUAGAUGAAGCUACAGCCAGUAUAGAUGGUCCAACUGAAGAGAAGAUAAAAGAUGUAAUAAAAAUGAUACGAUUUAUUAGAUUUUUGAAUAACACCUCUCUUAAUGUACAAUUCUUACAAUUGCCCACAAAGUUACCACUAUUAUGACAUCAAACAGAAUCAUGGUUCUUGAUGACGGAAAUGUCAUUGAAUUUGAUAGUCCUGAGAAUUUACUCUAAAAUGAAAAUAGUGAAUUCAAGCAAAUUAUUGAACUAAUUAAACAUUCAGAGAAAUUAUGAUUUUAUAGAGAG